UUGCUGUUUCGUUGAAAUCUUUCGAUAAAAGUCGUCUACCGCACACACUGCCUUGCGUACAAAAGCCAAACCACCACUCCACCACUCCACCACCUCGCUUGCCCUUGCCUCAUCUUGCUUGCUUCCUUCCUGCUGAACGAUGGCCUCCACGGUUUCUCGCACUGCCGGCGCCACUGCUCGCCGCUUCCUCGGCACCGCAGCGCCCGCUGCCGCUGCCAAGGAUGUCCAGGUGACCAAGCUGGCCAACGGCGUCACUGUCGUGUCCCAGGAGCCCGAUGCCAAUGUCACCACCAUCUCCGUCACUGUCGGUGCUGGCACUCAGAACGAGACCUUCCAGACCUCCGGCGUCACCCACUACCUCCGCAACCUCGCCUUCCAGUCGACUGCCUCCCGCUCUGCCCUGCGCAUCACCCGCGAGGCCGAGGCCAACGGCUCCCGCUACACUGCGGAGUCUGGCCGCGACUUCAUCUCCUACAACGCCUACACCCUUCCUCAGAGCGCAGAGCACGCCGCAGAUGUCCUCACAGAGGUCGUCGGUGCGCCCAACCUGCACGACUGGGAGGUCCCCAAGCAGAACGCCCGUGUCGCCCGCGACCUUGAGCUUGCCGCCGAAACACAGGAACUCGUUCUUCUUGACGAUGCCCACCGCGUUGCCUUCCGCAACACUCCUCUCGGCCGCCCCGUCCUCUGCCCCGCCUCCCGCGUUGGCCGUGUGAGUGGCGCCGAUGUGCGCGCCUUCCGGGACCAGUUUUUCUCGUCUGACCGCAUUGUUGUUGCUGCGGCGGGCAUUUCGCACGAUGCGCUGGUGCAGGCUGCCGAGCAGAACCUCGCCAACAUGGGGCCCAAGAAGGCCGCCCUCCCGGCCUCACAGUACUUUGGCGGCGAGAGCGUGACGCCUGCGGACAUUCCUGUUGCGCACGUUGCGCUUGGUUUCCGCGGCGCAUCUGUGCAGAGCAACGACCUUGUUGCUGCCCUUGUCAUCCGCAACCUCUUUGGCGGCGACGGCAGCAGCGUCAAGUGGUCCACGGACGCCUCCGCUUCCAAGGUUGGUGCCGCUGUUGGCGGGGCUGCGAGCGGCCCGUUCAAGGUGUCUGGCUUUGCUGCUGCGUACGAGACGGACGGCCUCGUUGGCGUGCACAUGGCCGUGCAGAGCGCCGACGUCAACGCCUGCGUCACCAACGCCGCCGCCGCCGUGAAGGAAAUUGUUGCCGGCAACAUCAGCGAGGAGGACUUUGCCCGCGCCAAGGCCCACACCCGCCGCCAGCUCAUCCCAGACACGCACGCCGACGCCACCACCGCGCUCGCCGCACAACACCUGUACAACGCGGCCUCUGUUGACGAGCAGCUCGCCAAGCUGCAGUCGCUCACGCUGGCCGAUGUGAAGAAGGUUGCGCAGGCCCUUGGCGGCAGCCGCCCGUUUGUUGCUGCCCGCGGCCCCAUUGACAACCUCCCAUACCUCGACACCCUCGGCUUCUAACCUUCCCUCCCCCACCCCCUCCUCUCUCUUUCUCUCUCACCUCCCCAUUCAUCCACCUGUCCCGUCCAUUGCUCUACUUUACCCGUGAACAUGUAACAACGUGGUGCUGUGAGUGCGACAGGGUUUUGUGCGUUUGCUCGUUGUUGUAUCCAGGCCUGCUGUCGAGUGGCUGUUUGUUGUUGUGAUUGUGAUUGUGUGUGUGCUUGUGCUUGUGGUGUGUGCUUGUGCUUGUGCUUGUGGUGUGUGCUUGUGCUUGUGGUGUGGUUUGGUUUUAUCCUGUUUCAAGCCAAUGAACAAGUCGCUCUGCUG